CUGAAGUGCCGGAGAUAGCCUGGCACGGCAUCUAUGCUGGAGUCAGUGCUCAGCAGAAGAUGAACCUGUAUUGUGUUCGACUACAGACUGCUACAACACUCACGGACUCUGGAACUGUCGUGUAUUUUUGGAUAUAUAGAGUCAAAGAGAGGUAAGAGUGGAUAUCAGACUGCUGGAAAAUAAUGCAGGAGAUAAUGGGGGACACAGAAAUGGCUGAUGAACUGUAUUUGUCAUGGUCCAGUCCGUAAAUGUCCGCAUUCUGGUUCACGCUCUGGUCUGUGGACUCAGGACUCCGGGUCUUCCUGCUGUCCCUUGUUUUGGUUGAGUUAAUCAUAGGCAUUUGAUUCCCAUCUUGGGGCUUGGAAUAUAAGUAGCCUUGGGGACGACUGGUGGCUGCUGGUUUGUCUUGUAAAGGUUUCCUGGGAGCAACCUGCCGGUGGAAGGCUACAGCGGCCACUUGCCAUCUUUAGGCUGUGUUGGAGAACCAUCGCUUCAUGAAGCCUUGCUGUUGGUAGUCGGAGCUGUCUUUGCGGCAUGGAUUCGGCUGUUUCCCGGGCCAGCUGAGUGGCUGCUGGCCACUUCGAGCUAGGUGGGGAUCUGGCUGUUUCCGUAGCCAGCUGAGGUUGCUGGCCGAACUGUGACUUGGAGCAACCCCGAUGCAGAGAUGGAACUGUAUGUCAUUCUUUGGUGUUUGUCUCUUCUUGUCCUUGCCUCUGUGGGGUAAGUCAGGCCGUUCUGCCAUUGCCUUGCGGGGGAUCUGUCUUGUCUUGUCCUCACCUCCAAGUGGUAACUCAAGCGGUUCUGCCAUUGCCCUGCGGGGGUCCUGUCUUGUCUUGUUUUGUGUUUGCCUCUGUUGGGAAAGUCCGGCCGUUCUGCCUUUAACCAAUGGAUGGACCUGUCACACAUUGGUGUGGAGAUAAAGUUGAGUCCCGGCUUGUCUAAGGAUUGGUCCAGGCUCGAUGACUAUGUACUGUCCAGUCUCGUGUUAGUAAUGUGUUAAAGAUGAGUCCCGGCUUCUCAAAGGAUAAGUCCCGGCUCUCUGUUGAAGUACAGUUCCCAGUCUGUCUCCGAGAUCCAGCCUCCAAGUUAUCAGCCUCCACAUUCCAAGACCAAGACCCCAGCCUGUCUCCAAACUCAAGACCCCAGCCUGUCUCCAAACUCAAGACCCCAGCCUGUCUCCAAACUCAAGACCCCAGCCUGUCUCCAAACUCAAGACCCCAGUCUGUCUCCAAGCUCAAGACCAAGACCCCAGCCUGUUCUCCAAGCUCAAGAACAAGACCCCAGCCUGUCUCCAAGCUCAAGACCAAGACCGCAGCCUGUCUCCAAGCUCAAGACCAAGAUCCCAGCUGUCUCCAAGCUCAAGACCAAGACCCCAGUCUCUACAAGCUCAAGACCAAUACACCAGGCUUUCUCCAAGCUCAAGACCAAGACCCCAGUCUGUCUCCAAGCUCAAGACCAAGACACCAGGCUUUCUCCAAGCUCAAGACCAAGACCCCAGCCUGUUUCCAAGCUCAAGAACAAGACCCCAGCCUGUCUCCAAGCUCAAGACCGAGACCCCAGCCUGUCUCCAAGUACAAGACCAAGACCCCAGCCUGUUCUCCAAGCUCAAGAACAAGACCCCAGCCUGUCUCCAAGCUCAAGACCAAGACCCCAGUCUGUCUCCAAGCGAAAGACCAAGUCCACAGCCUGUUCUCCAAGCUCAAGACCAAGAUCCCAGCUUGUCUCCAAGCUCAAGACCAAGACCCCAGCCUGUCUCCGAGCUCAAGACCAAGACCAAGACCCCAGCCUGUCUCCAAGCUCAAGACCAAGACCCCAGCCUGUUUCCAAGCUCAAGACCCCAGCCUGUCUCCAAGCUCAAGACCAAGAUCCAGCCUGUCUCCAAGCUCAAGACCAAGACCCCAGCCUGACUCCAAGCUAAAGACCAAGACCCCAGGCUUUCUCCAAGCUCAAGUCAAGGACCCCAGGUUGUCUCCAAGCUCAAGACCAAGACCCCAGCCUGUAUUCCAAGUUCAAGACCAAGUCCCCAGACUGCCUCCAAGCUCAAGACCAAGACCCCAGCCUGUCUCCAAGCUCAAGACCAAGACCCCAGUCUGUCUCCAAGCGAAAGACCAAGACCCCAGCCUGUUCUCCAAGCUCAAGACCAAGACCCCAGCCUGUCUCCAGGCGCAAGACCAAGACCCUAGUCGGUCUUCAGGCUCAAGUCCAAUACCCUAGCCUGUUUCCAAGCUCAAGACCAAGACCCCAGCCUAUCUUCAAGCUCAAGACCAAGACCCCAGCCUGUCUCCAAGCUCAAGACGAAGACCCCAGCCUGUCUCCAAGCUCAAGACCAAGACCCCAGCCUGUCUCCAAGCUCAAGACCAAGACCCCAGUCUGUCUCCAAGCGCAAGACCAAGACCCCAGCCUGUUCUCCAAGCUCAAGACCAAGACCCCAGCCUGUCUCCAGGCGCAAGACCAAGACCCUAGUCGGUCUUCAGGCUCAAGUCCAAUACCCUAGCCUGUCUCCAAGCUCAAGACCAAGACCCCAGCCUAUCUUCAAGCUCAAGACGAAGACCCCAGCCUGUCUCCAAGCUCAAGACGAAGACCCCAGCCUGUCUCCAAGCUCAAGACGAAGACCCCAGCCUGUCUCCAAGCUCAAGACGAAGACCCCAGCCUGUCUCCAAGCUCAAGACCAAGACCCCAGCCUGUAUUCCAAGCUCAAAACCAAGACCCCAGCCUGUCUCCAAGCUCAAGUCCAGGACCCCUGCCUGUCUCCAAGCUCAAGACCAAGACCCCAGUCUGUCUCCCAAGUGCAAGACCAAGACCCCAGACUGUUCUCCAAGCUCAAGACCAAGACCCCAGCCUGUCUCCAAGCUCAAGUCCAGGACCCCUGCCUGUCUCCAAGCUCAAGACCAAGACCCCAGUCUGUCUCCAAGUGCAAGACCAAGACCCCAGACUGUUCUCCAAGCUCAAGACCAAGACCCCAGCCUGUCUCCAAGCUCAAGACCAAGACCCCAGCCUGUCUCCAAGCUCAAGACCAAGACCCCAGUCUGUCUCCAAGCGAAAGACCAAGUCCACAGCCUGUUCUCCAAGCUCAAGACCAAGAUCCCAGCUUGUCUCCAAGCUCAAGACCAAGACCCCAGUCUCUCCAAGCUCAAGACCAAGACCCCAGCCUGUCUCCGAGCUCAAGACCAAGACCAA